AUGGAGUCUAUGGGAGACAACCCCAAGCCCCAACGUGAGCGGGUGACCAUUGGAAAGCUGGUUGCUAAAAAUGAAUGCCAGGAAGACACCAACUGCAGCCUGUUGCACUGUUUCUCCUGUAAUGUCUCUGUGAAUAAGGAAAAGAAAUUAUCCAAAUGCAACGAUGGAGACGGUUGCAUUCUGGAGACUCUGUACUGUGCAGGCUGCUCCCUCAACCUGGGCUACACAUACAGAUACACUCCCAAGAACAUAAAUUACAAGCAGAACUUGUUUAGUCUCAGUGUUGAAGCCAUUGAAAGUUAUGCUUUAGGGUCCUCUGAAAAGCAGAUGUUGCCAGAAGAUAAAGAGCUUUUUAAUCUUGAAAGCAGAGCUGAAAUAGAGAAGUCUCUAAGCAGAUGGAAGAUGUCUUGCUCAUGCUGCAAAGGAAGCUGUGGAAGGUGGAAUCAAAAGCAAGAGAUCACCCUGCAAGCCAUCUGCCACAAGCCCUUUACUUCUCCAGGGAGAAGCUUGGAAGCAGAUACGGAGCCUGCUCAGUGGCCCUCGAGAGCCCUGAAGGGCAACAGCUGCUUUUCUACCAUGAAGAAGCGUGUGCACAUGGACGGUGAUGUGAUGAUUGCUGCGUAUUUCCCUCUCUACAUCUUGACAGUACCUAGCCGUGACAAUGAUGCUACUCAGCAUGAAAAGGAAAUGCGAAGUGCCAUUCUUUGCUUCUUUGGGAAGUACAACACUCUCAAUUACACAUGUAUGGGACACAGCAAGUAUACAGCAGUACUUACAGGACCAUCAGCAAUAACAUCUGCCCGGUUUGGGACAUUGAUGAACCUCUAUAGGUUUCCACAGCUUUCCUUUGGGCCUUUUGAUCAAGUCCUGGGCGAUCAUUACAAGUUCCCUGCUCUCUAUCAGAUGGCCCGAAAGGACACAUCCAUGGCCACUGCCAUGGUCUCCUUAUUGCUUCACUUCAGAUGGAACUGGGUGGGACUGUUAACCGUAGAGGACGAUAAUGGCUUGUGGUUUCUUUCUGAAUUGAAAGAAGAGAUGGCCAAGAACAGAGUCUGUGUAGACUUUGAGCUAGCACUCCCGAACAAUAUUCUUUUCCAUAAAACAAAACUCAAGGCAGUUAAUGACCAGGUUAACAAAUCAUCAGCAAAUGUCUUCAUUAUAUACGGUGAUCAUGAAUUUCUACUUGUUAUGCAACUGAGGAUAACAAGCAAGAUUUUUAUCCUGAAUUCACAGUGGGAUUUGUCAAUGAGUAGGGAUUAUUUCCUGUUAGGAUCAUCGCAGAUACCUCUCAUGUUUUCACACCAUCACCCAGAUGUUUCCGGAUUCACAGAGUUUGUCAAGGCAGUGAACCCUUCCAAAUACCCUGAAGACAUUUUCCUUGCUGAGGUGUGGUUGGUCUCUUUUAAUUGCUCUAAUUCUGAGUCUGAUUGUGUAACAUGGGAGAACUGUGCUCACAAUGCUUCCUUGGAUUUGUUGCCUCGGCACGUUUUAGACAUGACUUUGUCUGUGGAUAGUUACAAUAUAUAUAACGCUGUGUACACUGUGGCCCAUGCUCUCCAUGAAAUGCUUCUUCACCAAGCAGAAGUAAAACCAUGGGAAACAGAAAAGGGACAGUGCCUUCUCCUGCACAUUUGGGAUAGAUUUCACCAUAAGAUGGUGACUCUCUUUCAGCUUCACCCUUUUCUGAAGAAAAUCCAAUUUCACAAUCCAGCUGGAGAUCAGGUGAUUUUGGAUGAGACAAGGAAAUUGGAGGCAGAGUAUGACAUUGUGAACAUUUGGAAUUUCCCACACGGUCUUCAUCUCGAGGUGAAAGUAGGAAAGUUUUCUCCAUAUGCUCAUCAACUCUAUUUAUCUGAAGAAGUGAUACACUGGACCAUAGCAUUUACAGAGGAUCCCCACUCUGUCUGCAGUAUAAGUUGUGGUCCUGGAUUCAGGAAAGCCCCUCGGGAGGGAAAGGCUGCCUGUUGCUUUGAUUGUACCCCUUGCUCAGAGAAUGAGAUGGCUAAUGGGACAGACAUGGAGCAGUGUGUGAAGUGUCCAGAUCACCAGUAUGCCAACACACAGAGAAACCGGUGCCUGCUAAGAGCUGCAAGCUUCCUGGCUUAUGGGGAGCCCUUGGGGAUGGCCUUGGCCUGCAUGGCUCUUGGUUUAUCGACACUAACAGCACUUGUUCUUGGAGUCUUUGUGAAACAUCACAACACUCCCAUUGUCAAAGCAAAUAAUCAAACUAUCAGCCACAGCCUGCUCAUCUCCCUCAUCUUCUGUUCCCUCUGUUCCUUGCUCUAUAUUGGCCGUCCCAACACAGUUACAUGUAUUCUACAGCAAACCAUAUUUGCAGUUGCAUUCACUGUUGCUGUUUCUGCUGUCUUGGCUAAAACUGUCACUGUGAUUCUAGCCUUCAAGGUCACUUCUCCAUGGAGAAGGAUGAGGAGGUUGCUGGUAUCAGGGGCUCCUAACUUCAUCAUUCCCAUCUGCCUCCUGAUCCAGGUGACUCUCUGUGGAAUCUGGCUGGGAACCUCUCCUCCCUUCAUUGACACAGACACACACUCUGAACAUGGCCGCCUCAUCAUCCUGUGUAACAAGGGCUCCCUCACUGCCUUCUACUGUGUCUUGGGAUAUAUGGGCUCCCUUGCCCUGGCCAGCUUCACUGUGGCUUUCCAGGCCAGGAAGCUGCCUGACACCUUCAAUGAAGCCAAGUUCCUGACCUUCAGCAUGCUGGUGUUCUGCAGUGUGUGGCUUACCUUCCUGCCUGUCUACCACAGUGCCAAGGGCAAAGUCAUGGUGGCUGUGGAGGUCUUCUCCAUCUUGGCCUCCAGUGCAGGGCUCCUGGGCUGCAUCUUUGUCCCCAAGUGCUACAUCAUCUUGAUGAGGCCAGAGAGGAAUUGUCUGCAUGGCUUCAGGGAUAAAAGACAUUGA